UCCGGGGAAAAAGUAGUUCGUUCGUUUCGCGACAAUGACGUCUAAGCCGAUACUGAGUCAAUAGCUGUCUCCCGGAUCCUCCCCUCUUCACCGUCUUUAUACAUGUUGCCUUAAGCCCUUCCCUCCAUCCUCCAACUCAUCUCCGUCUUCCCCCUCCAACCCGCUUCUCACUGCGACCAUGGGCGACGCCGGCAAGCCCCCGGAGCUCUCGCGCGUCAAAUCAUACCAAUGGCCCGCGGGACACGUCGCACAUCUCACCGACAGCCAGAUCACCGCCUUGCAGCGCUUCAAAGACCUCUCCCAAGACAAGGGCUACUACACUCCAGGCGACGGCAGGAGCCCGCCCUCGCACGACGACGAGACGCUGCUGCGCUAUCUGCGCGCCCGCAAGUUCGUCUCGCAGGAGGCCUUUGGGCAGUUCAAGGACACGGAGGACUGGCGGAAGGAGAACAAGUUGGACACCCUGUACGAGACCAUCGAUGUCGAGGAGUACGAUGAGACGCGCAGGCUCUACCCGCAGUGGACGGGGCGCAGGGACAAGCGCGGCAUCCCGCUGUACGUCUUUGAGAUUGCCAAUGUCGAUGCCAAAGCCGUGUCGGCAUACAGCAGCAGCAAAGACCGCAAGAACCAGUCCACCAACACCAAGGUCGCGUGGAAAUUGCUUAAGCUCUUCGCCCUCUACGAGAAUCUCUGCCGCUUCGUCCUGCCUCUGUGCUCCGUCAUCCCCGACCGCGCGAGCCCGGAGACGCCCAUCAGCCAGAGCAACAACAUCGUCGACCUCAGCAACGUCGGCUUCUCCAAGAUGUGGAGUCUGCGCAACCAUAUGAGCGAUGCGAGUCGCCUCGCUACCGCCCACUACCCGGAAACGCUCGAUCGCAUCUUCGUCAUUGGCGCGCCCAGCUUCUUCCCGACUCUCUGGGGCUGGGCACAGCGCUGGUUCGAUCCUAUUACAGUUUCCAAGAUUUUCAUCCUGGGCCAGAAGGACACCACUUCGACGCUGGAGAAGUUCGUGAACAUCGAGGAUAUUCCCAAGAAGUACGGCGGGAAACUCGACUGGAAAUUCGGAGACCGGCCAUUCUUAGACCCGGGCAUUGCGAAUGCCAUACGCUGGAGAAGCGAAGUGGAAGAGAAGGGACACAAGACAUUCCCCCUCGGACCCAUGAAGUUGCAGUAUGAUGAGCAGGGCGACCUGGUGUUGCAGGAAAUCGGGACGGAGGGGGGAAAGCCAAGAACACGCGUCAUCGGGUCCUUGCACCCCGAAGCAAAUGUCGCCCGCCUGGCAUUGUCGCCUGGCCGAGUAUUAUCUGCGCAGAAUCCCAAUGCUACCACAGCAGCAGCCGCGACAGCACCGGUAGCAGUCGCAGCAGCCGAAACGCACCCUCCGACCGAACCAGCAGCCAAAUCAGCAACAGAACCAGCGACAGAACCAAUCGUAACCCCACCCGCACCCCCCACCACCCGUCCAACCAUGAGCUCCGACGCCGACCUCAACGUCGGCAAAACCCCCGACGCCCUCAGCCAACCCGCUUCCCGCACAGGCGCCUACACCGUCCCCUGGCAAGACGACAGCAACAACAUCUCCUCCCCUCCCCCUGCCGCCCGCCAAGGCACCUCCUCCACCCGCUUCGAGCAGCAAGCCGGCACCCACGCCGAAGGCCAACUAGCAGAUGGCACGCCCGAGCUGCGCACACAUGGCGGCUCUGGCGAUCACCCGGCCGUCAUGGACCCGAAUACCGUCGGCCAGGCGCCGAAAGAGCACCCUCUGCCUGAGGCCGAGGAGGGUGGGGCGGGCGUGUUGGAGCAGGCGAAAGAGUUGGCAGGGCAGGCGGUUGAGCAGGCGAAGAACUUACCUGGAGUGGUCAUGAGUGCUGUUGGAUAUGGGGCGAAGGAGGAGAAGACGGAGGAGGUGGUGCGGAAGGAGGAUCCCGAGGUGGAUGGCAUGGCGGCGGGGAAUGUGGAGGAGUUUUUGAGGAGUCAGCAUGGGAGUAAGCCGGCUCAAAAUGCGGCGGAAUGAGAUGGGAUGGAAUGAGUGUGGAUAUAUCCUGAUACUGCGAGUUCAUGUUAGGGAGAUGGAUUGCAGCCUUCGAGUUGGCGCGCUUGGACGCCAUAGAGUGUAGAUGCUUUAGCGAUUGUGCAAGACUUGAUGAACGCCAUGAUUGCAAGAUGCGCG